AACAUAAAAGAAAGAGACAUGAUACACAUGAAUAUUCAAAUAAAAAACCUAAUCUAUUAGUAUCUGGUCAUGUACCUAUCAGAAAUGAUAAGGAUAUUGGAACAUACCGAUGGAUUUACAACAGAUGCUUGGAACUAGUAAAACAAGAUGAAUCCAUGUCUAGAGAUAAUUUGAGAAUAAAAGUGUUGAACAAUAAUAAUUACGAAUAUGAUAAUACUUGGGUCAAAGAUACACCUAAAGACAACAAUUUAGUUUCGAUUAAUCCUGAUAUUCGAUCUUUCAUAAUAUAUUAUGAUCCGAGUAGAAAGAUUAUUGAGUACAAUAAAGGUGAUGCUAUAUGUAUCUAUCAUUUGUGCAAGAAAUAUGACAAGUACCAGAGUGAAAGGUCAAAGCUCAAAGGUGGAUCCAAGAAAAGAAGGAGGUACACUAUAAGGAGAAAGAUGUUAAGGAUACAUGACAAGAUCAAAAACUUGAUAAAAGACUGUCAUUACAAGAUUGCAAAAGACUUGUGCAAAAACUACAACACUAUCUUAUUACCAAGGUUUGAGACAAAGAACAUGGUAAGAAAGAAAAAAUCAAGAUUCGAGAACCAAGAGUCUGAAUUUAUCAAAGCUUUUAAGAAAAACCUCAAGAGAAAGAUUAAUAGCAAGACCAUGAGAAUGAUGUUGAAAUGGUCGCACUUUAGUUUCCAACAACAUUUAAUUCACAAGAUACGAGAAUAUCCUAUUUAUGUGCAGUUUAGAGAUUAA